AUGGAAUUAGGUUCCUUGUUACCAUUGAAUUUCAUGCAAGAUAACAUUGCACAAGAGAGAGAAUAUGAUUCUGAUGAUUUGAAUAGUCUAGUGAAUUCAGAUGAUGAAGAACAAGGAAUGACUAAAAAUCCUAAGUGCAACGCUGCCACAGAUAUGGAGAACCCUGUAUUUGUGAUUGGAAUGUUGUUUGCUACAAAGAAUGAUGUGAAGGAAGCAAUAAAGGAGUAUUCAAUCAAAGGAGGUUAUGAGACAACUAUAAAAAAGAAUGAUAGGAUCCGAAUUAUAGCAGAGUCAGGCAAUAUAAAAAUUAAGCAUGUGACCUAUAAGUAUAUUGCUAAGAAGUGGUUGGAUCGGUUUAGAGAUGACUCUAAGUUAUCCUUAAAAACGUUGAAGUUGACUGUUAGGAGAGAAAUUGAAGUGGAUGUAUCUCAUGGUCAGUGUAGUAGAGGAAGACAAGAAGCCAUUAGAAUGGUUGAAGGAAGCUAUAAAGAGCAGUAUAGUCGAAUUUGGGAGUAUUGUGCAGAAGUAAGACAAACAAAUAUCAAUAGCAGUAUGAUUGUGAGGGCAAAUCCUCCAUACUUUCAAAGACUUUAUGUGUGUCUUGAAGCUUGUAAGAAUGGCUUCAAAAGAGGAUGUAGGCCUAUUAUAGGAGUAGAUGGAUGUCAUCUUAAAGGCGCAUUUGCAGGGCAACUACUAGCUGCUGUUGGCAUUGAUGCCAAUUACAAUAUGUAUCCAAUAGCCUAUGCAGUGGUGGAGAGUGAAGAUAAGGAAACAUGGUGUUGGUUUCUACAACUACUAAUUGAAGAUCUUGGACUAGGUUUAGACGAGGCUUUUAAAAUUGUUGUACCAAUGGCAAAUCAUAGAUGGUGUGUGAGACACUUGUACGAAAAUUUCAAGAAACUUCACAAAGGUAAGGCUUUGAAAGACUUGUUGUGGAGUGCUGCUAGGGCACCUAAUAAUGCUAAGUUUGAGACAGAAAUGAUGAAGUUGAAGAAGUUGAGUAAAGCUGCAUAUAACUGGUUGAUUGGGAAAGAUCCUAGAAGAUGGGCUAGGUGUAGGUUUACCAGUAGGUUGAAGUGUGAUAUGCUUUUGAAUAACUUAUGUGAGACUUUGAACAGUUGGAUACUUACUGCUAGAGACCAGCCCAUAUUGACCAUGUUGGAGAUGAUAAGGUGUAAUCUUAUGAGGAGAUAUCAAGUAAAAAGACAGCAAAUUGUUAAAUUUCAAAAUGUGGAUUCUGGUUUGGUGUCUUGGGUUAUUCCCUCUAUGGUCAUUGAAGAGGAAAAUGCGUCCCUUACUUCUGUUCCCUUGCCAGAUGAGUUUUGGGGAGCAGUUAAAUCAAUGGACCUUGAUAGCGCUCCAGUUCUAGAUGGAUUUAAUGGGCUUAUUAUUCUUAUUCCAAAGGUGGAUCAUGCCGACUCCAUCAAGCAAUUUCGUCUGAUUGCUCUUACCAACUUUGUUUUCAAGAUUAUUCCAAAGAUUCUUGCACCUCGAUUGUCUUGA